AGGAGCAGAACAAGACAUUCAAAUGAGAAUCAGUAAGCUUCACUUCGGUGAUACUGACCUGGCAGGGAUCUGCAUUAACGUGACAUCUACAGCUGCAUCAAGUAAACAUUAACAUGAAGGUUGCUGUGAUCGGAGCAGGGGAAAGUGGACUGACAUCCAUUAAAUGCUGCUUGGAUGAAGGACUGCAACCAGUUUGUUUCGAGAAAACAAAUGGCAUUGGAGGCCUCUGGAAUUACAUACCAGAGGUAGAAGAUGGUAGAUCCAGCAUUUAUGAGUCUGUUGUUACCAACACCAGUAAAGAAAUGAUGUGCUACAGCGAUUUCCCUAUUCCAGAAGACUAUCCUAACUUUUUGCACAACACCAAGAUGAUGGAGUACUACAAACAAUACGCUGAUCGGUUUGGCCUGCUAAAAUAUAUCCAGUUUAAUACAAUGGUUUGCAGCGUGAAAAAACAUCCCAAUUUUUCCACGACUGGCCAGUGGGAGGUCACCACAGAAAAAGACGGAAAGAAAGAGACUAGCAUUUUUGAUGCUGUUAUGGUCUGCAGCGGUCACCAUACAGACCCAUACUAUCCACUGGAAAGUUUUCCUGGACUGAACAAAUUUAAAGGUCAAUACUUCCACAGUAAAGAGUAUAAAAGCGCCAAAGGAUUUAAAGGGAAACGGGUUCUUGUUGUAGGAAUGGGAAACACAGGAACAGAUAUAGCUGUAGAACUAAGUCGUACUGCAUCUCAGGUAUAUCUUAGCACUCGGAGAGGUUGCUGGGUUAUGAGCAGAGUAUUUGACCAAGGUUAUCCAUGGGAUAUCUGUUUUGACACACGGUUUCAAAAUCUGCUGAGGAACACACUGCCAACCCCUAUUGUCACAUGGCUGACUGAGAAGAAAAUGAAUGAAUGGUUUGACCAUGCUCACUAUGGACUUCAGCCUAGAGACAGUACUCAAUUUAAAGAACCUUUGUUUAAUGAUGAACUACCAAGUCGUAUCAUCUGUGGAUAUGUCAUAGUGAAACCCAAUCUGUCAGAGUUCACUGAAACGUCUGUGAAGUUCGAUGAUGGGACCAUUGAGGAAAAUAUUGAUGUUGUUGUCUUUGCUACGGGAUAUCGCUACUCAUUUCCAUUCCUCAAUGAAUCCAUUUUAAAGGUUGAAAACAAAAUAAAUUUGUACAAAAGUAUCUUCCCUACAAACUUGGAAAAGGCAACACUGGGUGUUGUUGGUCUUAUUCAGCCCCUUGGUCCAAUUAUGGCAGCUUCAGAAAUUCAGGCUCGGUGGAUAACAAGAGUCUUCAAAGGUUUGUGCAAAUUACCAUCACAAGAUGAAAUCCAGAAGGACAUCGAACUGAAACAGAAAAUCUUAUUAACAAGGUUUGGUAAAGAAUACAGUCUUCAGCUGGAUUACAUUGAAUAUCUGGAUGAACUAGCCCAAGAAAUAGGCUGUAAACCAAAUAUUCUAGGACUGCUUGUGACAGAUCCUUUUCUAGCAUUAAAAGUAGUCUUUGGACCAUGUACGCCAGCACAGUACCGUUUGAUAGGUCCAGGGAAAUGGCCAAUGGCCAGGAAGCAAAUUAUGACUACAUUUGAUCGGAUACUAAAACCUACUAAGACCCGCGUGGUUCGGACCCACAAAGAGAAAUUGUCAAUAGUUUACGGACUGGGUGCACUGUGUAUUCUUGCUCUGCUGUUAGCUUUGGCUAUGUACAAAAAUUAGAAUGGCAAGACUAAAUGAAUGCCAACUAAAUGAAUGAAUCAUGAAGUAAUACCCUUAAUAUACAAAGUCCGUCACUUAGCUGAUUCUACAAUUUGGUAUGAACGAAAUAACUGUAUUUAACCACUUCCAUAACGGGCCUAUUCUGGCACUCCUCUCCUAUAUGUAAAUAUCAUUUUUUUUUGCGA